AUGACCAGCCGCAUCGUCACGCUAUGGUACCGCUCGCCGGAGCUUCUGCUCGGCCCCACCGAAUACCAUGUCGUCGUGGACCUGAGGAGCAUCGGCUGCAUCCUCGCCGAGCUGCUCGUGGGCAAGCCCAUCAUUCCUAGCCAGACCGAGAUCGAGCAGCUGCACAAGAUCUUCAAGCUCUGUGGCUCGCUGUCCGAGGACUACUAG